AUGACCGUCCAUACUGAGCAUUUGAUCUACAAGAAGCCUUACGUGCUUCAAUUGAAUCAUUUGAAGGAGGUGAAGCUACCAGAAGCCAGCGCCGCGAAAAUGUUGUCCCUUUUAAAGGCUUUGGCAAACAUCCACGUUGUUCUUGGUAUCAUCAUGAUCGUUUUAAGCGCACUCGCAGAUUAUGCGAGUAGUCGAAUCAAAACGCUUCGAUUGCACGGCCUUGAGGAAAUUUGCUCAUUCUACUUUGUUCUUUUCGGAAUCGUCGGAAUCAUGGGAAGCGCUUCAUAUCGUCGAAGUCUUGUUGUGGCUUAUCUAGUGAUGAGCAUUCAUGCCGUUGUAAUUUUUGUACCCGCAAUUAUAAUUGCCUCGAGUUUUGACAUUCACUUCUAUCAGCAUGAAUGUUGGGGUUAUUGCGACUUUCAUCUUCUGACGUUCUCCUCGAACAGUCAAUGCCAGAUUAACUGCGGCUCGAAGGUGGAUCCAAGCAUGAGAAGAAACAUGACUCGACUGGGUACUGAUGUUCGACUUGACGCUGGCAUGAUUGCGGCAGCGAGCAUCGAAUUUAUUUUAGCCAUUGUGACCUGCAUUGUGGCAGCGCGGACAUUACUCGCCCCACUAAAAGAUUCUCAAGAGCUUGAUAACAAUGAGCAAAACGUCGAAAUGCAGCCGCUUAACCAAGAGCCAAUGACAAAUGGAUCAGUCUAG